AUGGUCACAGCCAGAGUUGUGGUCAACAGCUCAGUGGCUGUGUGGAGACAAUGGUAUUUUUUAAGGAGUCUGCAAGUGCAACUGGUGCGAUUCAACCUCUUUGUCGCUGACUUGGACAGCGCUGUUGAGUGCACCUUCAGCGAGUUUGUGGGUGACAUCAAUUUCUGUGAUGUGGUCAAUACAGUAAAGAUAAGGGGUGCCAUCCAGAGGGACCGUGACAAGCUACAGAGGUGGGUCUAUGAGAACAUUGUGAAGAUCAACAAGACCAUGUGCAAGGAUGUUCACAUGGAUGAGAGGAUUCAGGGUUGGAGGCACCACGGAGUACAGAACUGCCAUCGUCAGAUCCAGGGCUUGGGAGGAAAGAGAGGGGGGCUUCAGAUUGGCAAAAAAGCCAGUGCUGACCAAGAGGGAGAGCACAGCCAGAUGCCCAAUAGCAGCUCCAUCAGCGAGUUCCUCCUCCUGGCGUUGGCAGACACGCGGCAGCUGCAGCUCCUGCACUUCUGGCUCUUGCUGGGCAUCUACCUGGCUGCCCUCCUGGGCAACGGCCUCAUCAGCACAGCCGUAGCCUGCGACCACCGCCUGCACAGCCCCAUGUACUUCUUCCUCCUCAACCUCGCCCUCCUCGACCUGGGCUGCAUCUCCACCACUCUCCCCAAAGCCAUGGCCAAUGCCCUCUGGCACACCAGGGCCAUCUCCUACGCAGGAUGUGCUGCACAGGUCUUUUUCUUCCUGUUUUUGUUUUCAGCAGAAUAUUAUCUUCUCACGGUCAUGGCUUAUGACCGCUAUGUUGCCAUCUGCAAGCCCCUGCACUAUGAGACCCUUAUAAGCUAUAGAACUUGUGCCACCAUGUCAUUGUGCUAA